AUGCUAGCAUUGGUGAUUAAGGGAAAAAAGUUUCCCAACGGCUACUUUUUGGGUAUUUAUUAUUGGCAAACGAUUGGUCAAAUAAUAUGUAAAAACUCUCAGCAAAAGGCAGAUUUCUAUGAUCAAUUUUUAUAUAAAUCAAAAUCAUGUUCAUCAUCAACGUCAACUAAAUUUUUGACUAUUGGUGUUAUUAGCUCAUAUGAACGUCUAUAUACUCAUUUAUCUGCUAUUCUAAAAACAUGGGCAAAAAUCAACGAUUCAUCAGUCGAAAUUAUAUUUUUUAUUGAAGAAAAUCCACAAUUGCCUGUCUUAUACGAUAUAAAUGAUUAUUAUACUAAACUAUUUUUGACUGUAAAUGAACAUAAUUCAUGUGUGUACGUUGUUCGACUUCGUCAUGUCAUUAAUCAAUAUCCACCACAACUGAAAGGAUUUUAUUUAAUUAAAUAUUUAUACCUUUUUUAUGGUCAUCGAACAUCGUGGAUACUAAGAUUAGACGAUAAUGCCUAUGUCAAUUUACCGAAAUUAAUUAAAUGGUUAAAAUCAUUAGAUAAACGAAAAUUACUGUAUAUUGGACAAGGAGGAACAGGACGUCAGAAUGAAAAUAUACAUUUUAAAAAUGGACAAUAUUUCUGUAUGGGAGGCUCAGGAGUAAUCUUAUCACAAAUGACAUUGAAUAAACUCGGUCCAAAAUUAGACAGUUGUUUAAGGACAGUUCUCACAAAUCAUGAAGACGUUGAAAUAGGACGAUGUAUUAUUGAACAUGUUCAUAUUCGUUGUACAAACGCUUUUGAUUCAAACACAUAUUUUUAUCAUCAUUAUGGGCCUAAUUAUUCGUUUGGUCAUGAUUUUACACCCGACAAAGUUCAAAAAUCUUUUAUCAUUCAUCCAAUUAAAAACGUUAGUACAUUUUACCAUAUUGAAGUUUAUAAACAACGUUGUAAACGAGAACAAAAUAAAAAACGUUUGAAUAGUUUAAUAAAACAAAAGAAAAAUACUAUUAAAUCAUUUAAAUCAAAAUCUUUCUAUCGACCGUUCACUACAUUUAUCCAGCGAGUAAAUUUUGAUUUAUCAAAAGAUAUUCAACUACAAAAUUUUGAUGUCAGAUGGAAAAGUUACGUUGAAUCAAUUGUUGAAAAAUAUGUGAAUGAUUUAAAAUAUCGUUGGAAUCGAAAAACAAAUUGGACAUUAAUAAAUGGCAAAUAUAUAUUUGGCUAUUAUCGAUCAUUACCGACAAACAAUGUUGAACUAAUUAUUGAAAUAAUAUUAAAUACCACUUUUCAAUAUUCAACUCAUCCUCGAUUAGCAAUUGUUCGAAAACGUAUUUAUGUAAGCAAAGCAGUGUUUGAUGACAGAUUAGAAUAUCGUGAAAUUAUGAAAACUGAUCAGAUUAACAAUGAUAAAUUGAAUCUAAUUGUUGUAUCAAGUAAUAAAGAUGAUGCUUUGAGACGUUUUAUUAAAAAUUUUCAACAAGAAAUAUUGAAUUCGACGUCAUCACAUCAAAUAUUAACAUUAACAUGCAUCUAUUUUCAUCUUUCUGAAACAACAACAUCAAUAUUGCCGGAUGACAAUAAUUCACCGUUGAAAUUGAUUAAUGAAUUAGCUAAUCAAUAUCCAACAAUUGUACAAAAACCAAUUAUUUACAAUGUCAGAUUUAAUCGUGGCUACGGUAGACAAUUAGGCGCAAGUCAUUUUAGUCCAAAUGAUUUAUUAUUAUUUGUUGAUGUUGAUUUAAUGUUUACAUAUGAUGCAUUAAUAAGCAUUAGACGUUUUAUGUUACAUCAAAUUAAAUAUAAACCUAACGAAUUGGCAAAAUGUACAGUCUAUUUUCCAGUUGUUUAUUCACAUUUUUCCCACAAUAGUAAUAAUAGUCAAUGUUCAUUUAGUAAUAUGUGUAGUAAACAUAAUAUUACGUCAAAACAUGGAGCAUUUUCUAUUUAUGGUUUUGGAAUGGUUGCCACACAAAGGAAAGAUCUUGAUAGUAUUGGUGGAUGGGAAACUGAUAAUGUUGAUUGGGGCGGAGAAGAUGUCAAUUUAUUUGGAAGAUUUACGAAAGCUGGUUGUACAGUCUAUCGAAUAGCCGAACCGGGUCUAAGACAUUACUCUGAACGUGAAUAUUGUAAAUACACACUCGGACACGCCUUAGUCGAACAAUGUGAAGAAAUUGAACAAGAAAUAGAGAGUUUACUUGAUAUAUGGAGAGACUACAGAACUGAAACGGUCUAUGGAUCUACUGCUGGUGUAGGACAGAAUAUGAUGCCAGAUCCACCAGUUGUUCGCUCACGAUUAAAGAAAGAAAUUGAAUUUUUUGUAAAACAUAUUCAUGAACAAUGUGCGAACGAUGAUAAAUUAUUUCAUAAACGUUUGUCAGCACAUAACUGGAGUGCUAUUAAUUAUUCUCUAACCACUGAUACAAAUAGCCGAGUAAGAGAAAGACCGAUAAGUGCACGUGAUAAAAGUGGCCGUGAAACACCGAUUAUCGACAUCGUAUCUCCAAGAUCAGAUAUCAUAGUGGCAACCAAAGAACGUGUAAUAGAUGCUUCAUUAAUUCGUAGUAAAUUAGAAACAUUCAAUUUGGAUGAUAUCGUUGAUCAACUUCGACAAGCAUUGCAAGAAGAUGUUAAAACAUUAGAAGAACAUGUCAAAUAUCUUCAUGAACGACUAGAUGAAGAAGCAGAUUUUCGUGCAAAAACACGUGGUUUAUUUCGAGAACCAACGCUUGGAGAGUUGAAAGAAGAACGAAAUCGUCUAGAAAAAGAAGUACUUGGAUCAUCAACUAGUGGUGGCAUAAAUACUUCUAUUGAUCAGCAUACGUUAUUAAAUCGGCAAGAUUCUUUAAACGACAAUAGUCGACGUUCAUCAACUAGCUCAACUGCUUUAUCCAGCCCUCGUUCGUCACUUGAUAGUACAAUGAACAUUCGUCCAAGCGCACAACCUCUUCGGGCCACUCAUUCUCUGCUAUCUACGACUUCGUCUUCUAAUAACAAUGAUUUAACGCCUAUAGCACGAGAACCUGUUCAACACCGUAAACCACGUUUAUCCAUCGAUAAAAAACCUGCCUCAUCUGUUAAUGAACAACCUCUUGCAACAUCUUCGAGACCACUUACAACAGCCAAUGCUCAUGUUCUAGUCAAACUUGGUUCGAUUAAACAUUAUGAUUUAGUUAAGAAAUAUUCGACUUUAUCAAAAAAUAGUUCUGCUGUUGAACAACCGAUGUUAAAUGAGAUAGAAAAAACAAGAUUAAACGGAGCUGAAAGGUUUCGCAGAAUGGUGCUUGAAUGCCGUGAUAAUGAUUAG